AUGUCUGGCCUCGAGAAGGCUCUUUUCAACCUGAAGUUCACAUCCAAACAACUCAACAGACAAGCCGCCAAAGCCGACCGUGACUCGCGCGCCGAACAGGCCAAACUCAAGAAAGCCCUGACCCAGACCCCUCCCCAGCCGCAAAUCGCCCGACUCUACGCCACAAACUCGGUCCGCAAUUCCCAGCAACGAAUCCAGCUCUUGACCCUCGCGGCCCGGAUCGACGCCGUGGCCGCCCGUGUCCAAACAGCAAUCACCAUGCGCACCGUGACGGCGUCCAUGGCACAGACCGUCAAGGGCAUGGACUCGGCGCUGAAGAACAUGGAUUUGGACAAGAUAGGCGCGGUGAUGGAGAAGUUUGAAGCGCAGUUUGAAGAUUUGGACGUUGUGUCGGGAUAUUAUGAAGGCGUGGCGGGCGGCGUUGAGAGUCAGCAGGUGGGCGUUGAGGGGCAGAGCGAGGUCGAAGCCCUGAUGAGCAGAGUCGCAGACGAAGCGGGCGUUGAGCUAUCCCAAGAAAUGCAGCAGGAUGUGCCGGAACAUGAGUUACCGCAGAAUGAGUCGGCAGACAGGGCGAAAUUGGAGGAAGGUCUGGGAGACAGAUUGAGAGCCCUGAGGAAUUGA